CUAGAUCCCUCUAUCGACCAUCAUGUUCAUUUAACUGUCCCCCCCGGCAGCGAUGGACAACCGGGCUCAGACGUUCUUACGCUCUAUGACGCCCCAUUGAUAGCUGAAAUGAUUGCAGAUGGGGUCAGGCGGUACGAAAGGUGCACUCCCCGGCCCCCCGACGUUUGCAGAACUACCAUCCCUCCCAUGACAGUCACAUUUCCGGAGCAUGACAUGGAUGUGCCGCCAGGAUGGAUCACGGUCGUGCAUCCGGAAGGUUCUCGCUACUUUGUGAACCUGGAAAAAAGAACGUGCACAGAAAUUAACAUUUGUCACGAAGAGAUAUGUAAGGACGUCGAAGGCUACAUGAAUUACUUGCUGGGGGAAUUGGAGUCGGCCAUCCUCACACGCGAGGAGCUUCAGCUUGACAUGAAACAGGUAGACCUUGUGCUAGAGCCAAAGAAAAACCCCGAAAACGUGGUCAUUUUUCACUAUUACUUCGUCAACCAUCGUGACAGGACCCUUUUUUGGCUGGAUGAGUUCGAUCCCAAUCCCAAGGGGAUUUUAUCCAAUUGUCAAGGCGUCAAGAGUCUUUCACACAUACAACUUGCCGUUCAAGCACAAUACUGGAGGCAUUGGGAUUACUUCCCUACCUUGUGUUCGGUUACACAGAACCUUGUCAAUGAGGUUAAAGAUAUGUUGGUGCAUGCGACAUGUGACCACAUGACGUCGAGGCAGUCCUCUGCAGCAUAUGAUCUCAUCCAGCUCAGGGAUUACAUCUCUGUGGUAGACAACAUAAAUGUUUAUCCCCUCGAGGAUCAGAGUAAGCAGUGUCAUCCUGCGGUUGUCAUCGGCCGGAUAAUGUAUACAUUCACUCGCAAUCGGUUUAUGAAUUUUCACGGAGAAAACUGUGCGAGACUGUCCUUUGGACAGACAGUUCAUAAUUGGGUAUACACACCAUCAUUAUUGAUGGAGGUUCUCGCGCCCCUCCUGUUCUUGGACCCCGUGACCCACAUCACAGAACUGCACAAGAUUUUUGCUGACAAAAUAGCCUGCACGCCCCGGUGGGAUGCGUACAGUUUGAAAUUAAGGGGGCAGCUUCAUGACUCCAAUCUCAUGGCCACUGUCUUGCUCAAUGCCAAUGUCGGGUUUCUGGCUAUCAACACUGUUGACAGGGGCGGUAAAUCUGCCAUUCAGAUGGCGAGCUAUAUGUCCCUUGUGACGAGCUUGGGAAGUAUAGUUCUCGGCUUGUCAUUGGUUUCCCAAGAUCGAACAUGUGGAGAAAACACAGCCUCAGAAAUUGCAUCGUUUCUGACAACACUUCACCACGAUGACCACGGACUUGAAAAGCUGGCCAUCAUUUACAGUCUUCCCAAGGCGCUGCUGAUGUGGGGCAUGGUCUUCUUCUGCGCGGCAUUCUCGAUCGAUUGGUGGAGUUCUGGAGAUACAGUUUCCAGGGUCGUCGUUGGUACCGUGACACUGGGCGUAUUCGCGAUGAUUUUAAACGGUAUGAUUCGGACGAGGGAAGGAAGACACCCGCUGCAUAUGCUGGGACUAUUGCUGCGUCUGCUACGUCAUUUAGCUGCCGCUUGGGAAAAGAGCAUAGAGUUCUUUAGGAUCAAAAGAACCCAAAAAGAUGAUAGCGAGCAAGACGUCGGUCUGGCUCCGAUGGGCGCUUCGCAAUCAGAAGCCGAAAUUUCGCAGGACUCCUCAUCCAUACACUUCGACGUAGAACCUCCUGAAGUACCCGGCACAGAUGAUGAUGAAACCAUUUCAAUUCUAUCCCAUAAUCCAGUCAUUCAAACCAACCGCCUCCAUGGAUUAGAUGAUGAGGGUUUUGAGGGUCAGAAUUCGGAUAUAGGCCUGGAGAGGCAUGGAGGGGUAUGAUCUCACAAGCUGACAUAGCCUAGUGGAUUUGAACACAAGUUUUG